AUGGCUCUCAGCGUCCCUAAAAUCAAAUUUAACAACGGGAAUGAGAUUCCUAGUUUUGGUUUGGGAACAUGGAAGUCAAAACCUGGCGAAGUAACAGAAGCAGUGAAGUACGCCAUAGAAAUCGGGUACCGCCACAUCGACUGCGCUCUUGUUUACGGAAACGAGAAAGAAGUCGGCGCAGCUCUGAAAGCCAAGAUCGGAGAAGGUCUCGUGAAACGUGAGGAUUUGUUCAUCACCUCGAAGCUCUGGAACUCCUUCCACAAGCCAGAGAGCGUCGAGAAAGCCAUCAAAAAAACCCUCUCGGACCUAGGGCUGGAUUACCUGGACCUCUACUUGAUCCACUGGCCCAUGGCCUACGAGGACGGCGACGUCCUGUUCCCCACCGGGCCCGAUGGCAAGCCCAAGCUCAGCGACACCGACUACGUGGACACUUGGAAGGGUAUGGAAGGAGUCUGCGAGAAAGGUUUGACCAAGAACAUCGGGCUGAGCAACUUCAACUCCGAGCAAAUCGAACGCGUCUUGAAGAGCUGCAAAAUCAAGCCUGUGACCAAUCAGAUUGAAUGCCAUCCGUACUUGUGUCAGCAACAGCUGACGAAAUUCUGCAAAGACAGAGGCAUCGUUAUUACUGCCUACAGUCCUUUGGGUUCUCCUGACAGACCCUGGGCCAAACCUGGAGAUCCUAUUCUACUUGAAGACAAAAAAUUAAUUGAAAUAAGCAAAAAAUACAACAAGACACCCGCUCAAGUGGUUAUUCGUUAUCAGCUUGAUAGAGGACAUGUCGUGAUUCCUAAGUCGGUUACUAAAGCACGUAUCAUGGAGAACGCUCAAGUGUUCGACUUUAAAUUAACCCCUGAAGACAUCGCUUACAUCAACACCUUCGACUGCAAUGGAAGAAUUUGUCCAAUGUCUGACUGUGACAAGAGUCCCCACUGGCCAUUUAACAUUCCAUUCUAA